AUGUCAAACACGGACUUGGACACCAAACUCAUGAUGGAAAAGUUCAAUGGCAUGAACUACCACCUCUGGAAGUUCAAAAUGACAAUGUUGCUGAAGGAAAAGGGGCUGUGGGGUGUGAUUGAGGGGGAUCAGAGCAUGGAGGGAACCUCUGAGAAGGAUUGGAGGAGAAAGGAUGAGCGGGCAAUGGCUGUAAUUGCUCUGUCACUGAGUGAUGCCCAACUCAUGCAUGUACAGACCGCUGUAACUGCAAAAGUAUUGAAACUUAGCGCUUGGAACACUGAUUUCCCGUGUAGAAAUCACUUCUGA